CCCCCCUCGGUCCACCCCCUCGUGCCCAGACGCGCUUCUCGCCGUUAUUCUCCCGUGGUAACCGACGAGCGCCACCACCACCUCCGCCUCCGCCGCACCCCGACAAGCUCCACCCGGGCUAGGGUUUGAUCUCCGGUCCCUUCUUCGGAGCAAUGGAGGGCGGAGGCGAGGGCGCAGCGCCGGCCCCAGCGGCGGCGGCGGCGGAGGUGAAAAACCCGAGGUGCUUCAUGGACAUCACCAUCGGCGGCGAGAUGGAGGGGAGGAUCGUCAUAGAGCUGUACGCGUCCGUGGUCCCGCGGACGGCGGAGAAUUUCCGCGCGCUCUGCACCGGCGAGAAGGGCGUCGGCGCCUCCGGCAAGCCGCUUCACUAUAAGGGAUCGUACUUCCAUCGCAUUAUCAAAGGUUUUAUGGUACAAGGUGGAGAUUUUACUGCUGGUGAUGGAACAGGAGGGGAGUCGAUUUAUGGAUCGAAAUUUGAGGACGAGAAUUUUAUUUUAAAGCAUGAGAGGAAGGGAAUAUUAUCUAUGGCUAAUUCUGGCCCCAACACAAAUGGAUCUCAAUUUUUCAUCACUACCACCAGAACACCUCAUUUAGAUGGGAAACAUGUAGUUUUUGCGAGAGUAAUAAAGGGAAUGGGUGUGGUUCGCUCUUGUGAGCACAUUCCUGUAGGAGAAGCCGACCGUCCCACAGUUGAUGCCGUAAUUGCUGAAUGUGGGGAACUUCCUGAAGGUGCAGAUGAUGGAGUUGUGAACUUUUUCAAGGAUGGUGACAUGUAUCCUGACUGGCCAAAUGAUCUCGAUGAGAAGCCUACAGAGGUUUCAUGGUGGAUGGAAGCUGUGGAGUCUGCUAAGGCUUUUGGGAAUGAUAAUUUCAAGAAACAGGAUUAUAAGACGGCCCUGAGGAAGUACAGGAAAGCUCUGCGCUACUUGGAUGUUUGCUGGGAGAAAGAAGAGAUAGAUGAAGAGAAGAGCUCAGCACUGCGGAAGACCAAGUCCAUAAUACUCACGAAUAGCUCUGCAUGCAAAAUGAAGCUGGGAGAUUUGAAGGGUGCUUUGUUGGAUGCAGAUUUUGCGCUACGUGAAACAGAGGGCAAUGCUAAGGCCUUUUUCCGACAAGGACAGGCACACAUAGCACUUAAUGACAUUGAUGCAGCGGUGGAGAGCUUCCAGCAUGCAUUGGACUUGGAGCCGAACGAUGGAGCAAUUAAACGCGAGCUGGCUGCUGCAAAGAAGAAGAUCUCCAACAGGAGAGAUAAGGAGCGCAAGGCGUACGCCAGGAUGUUCCAACCUUAAGGAAAAUCAGAGGAGAACAAGAACGGCUAAGAGAAGGAUUGAUCCGUAGUUUCCUCGCCCCGGCAGAACUUUUGGUAGCUUAUUCUGGGAUACAUACUCGAACUUCCGUGGAAAAGGUCGUCGUCCUAGUUAAUAUGCCGUAAAACAGAACCUCGUGCUCUUCUUCUGUGGCAUAGUUUUGCUGAUGCACACCAAAGGAUGCUUAUGCGUUGGAAAAAAAUUAGAGGAUUAUUUGUGGGGAGGCUGUCUCCCAACAUUUUGAAAAAUACAGGGGAAAAAGUGGUAGUCAAUGCUGCCCUGUGAGAAAACCUGAGACACUGGAACUGAGCAGAGCAUUGCUUCAGAUGUUUGCUGCAGCAAGGCAUGCAUGCCAGAUUGCCAGUAGACUUUUCCUCUUGUUUGGUCCCAUUGUGGUCAAGCCUGGCCGUUGCUACUUUUC